GUUCGCUGAGAAUUUGAGUUUGGAUUUUCAUUCAGUCCAGUGUUGUACAUUGAAUAAAAGUUUGAUUGUUGUUUUCUACCAUUUGAAACAAUGCGAACAUUUUCACUGAUCGUGAUUUUUGCUGUUGUCGGAACCAAGUGGAUAGCAGCUAUUCGCACGCAGGAGAGAUCGUUUCGUGUGGACUAUGAAAACAAUCGCUUUCUGAAAGACGGUCAACCGUUUCGGUUUGUUUCAGGCUCGUUCCACUACUUUCGAGCUCUGCCACAAACGUGGCGCGAGAAGUUGCGCACACUUCGAGCAUCGGGUUUGAAUGCAGUUACCACUUAUGUUGAAUGGUCGUUGCACAAUCCUCGCGACGGCACCUAUGUUUGGGAUGGAAUCGCCGAUGUUGAGCAGUUAAUUCGACUGGCGGCUGAGGAAGAUUUGCUGGUUAUUCUGAGGCCAGGUCCAUAUAUUUGUGCCGAACGUGAUAUGGGAGGACUUCCAUUUUGGCUUCUAUCAAAGUAUCCAAAAAUCAAACUUCGUACAAGUGAUCCGGAUUAUUUGAGAGAGGUUCGCAUUUGGUAUGAGAAACUAAUGCCACGCUUCGAAAGUCUUCUCUAUGAAAAUGGUGGUCCAAUCAUAUUGGUGCAAGUCGAAAAUGAGUAUGGUGCGUUUCAAUGUGACAAAAACUACUCGGUUUGGUUGAGAGAUGAAACCCAGAAAUAUGUUGGCGAUAAAGCAGUUCUCUUUACCAAUGACAUGACUGGAGAAAAACAUUUAAAAUGUGGAAAAAUUGAAAAUGUUCUCGCUUCAUUGGACUUCGGAGUUGGGAGCAGAAGUGCGUACAAGAUAUACUGGCAAUGGCUGAGAAAAUAUCAACCAAAUGGACCGCUGGUUAAUGCAGAGUUUUAUCCCGGCUGGUUUACUCACUGGCAAGAACCUGCUCAAAAAGUUGACGCUGCAAAGGUUGCUGAGAGCCUGAG